AGUCACACCGUGUCCCGCUUUUGAAUCCACCUGCCUCGACAUUCAGCGCCCCUCGGACAGCGUUCGUGGCUGCGGUUGUCUCUUUCGCAACUUUUCCGCCUGUUGCGCGCCCGAGUCUGAGCGCUCACCGGGAGAAGACGCGCGGCUGCGGGCAGAGAUUCCCCCCGGAGGUGUCGGUGGCGGACCUGGGUUCCAUCUCGGGGUCUCCAAAAACCAGAGGCGGACAUUCAGCUGGACUUUCUAAAGACUGGAACUGAGAGAGUGCUUGAUCUAUUUGAGGAACCGAGGGGAAGAGCCUCUGGUUCGCCUUUCACUUUGAUACAUAACUUUAUUCUAAAACAGCGUCUCCAUGAUGAGCAAACCGGCCGGAUCAACAAGUGGCUGUCUGGAUAUUCUCAGUGUCAAAUCAAGUCGGAUUUUGGACAUCCCGUGCAAGGUGUGCGGGGACCGCAGUUCAGGGAAGCACUACGGCGUUUACGCGUGUGACGGCUGCUCGGGAUUCUUCAAACGGAGCAUCCGCAGAAACAGGACGUACGUCUGCAAAUCAGGCUCUCAGGGCGGGUGUCCUGUUGACAAAACCCACAGAAACCAGUGCCGAGCGUGCCGAUUGAAAAAGUGUCUGGAAGUGAGCAUGAAUAAAGACGCCGUCCAGCAUGAGAGGGGCCCCCGGACGUCCACCAUCCGAAAGCAGGUCGCCCUCUAUUUCCGGGGUCACAAAGAGGUGAACGGAUCAUCAACACAUUUCCCCGGCUCAUCCCUGCCCGGACCCCCCUUCUUCACCACUGUCACGCAGCUGGAGCCCCACAACCUGGAGAUGAGCUCGGUCACCACCACGCCUGAGAGGCAGGCCAUCGUGGGGCUGGCUCAGCCCACCCCAAAGUAUCCUCACGAGGUCAGCGGGACGCCCAUGUACCUGUACGAGGUGGCCACCGAGUCGGUGUGUGAGUCGGCCGCACGACUCUUGUUCAUGAGCAUCAAGUGGGCCAAGAGUGUCCCCGCCUUCUCCACGCUUCCCCUGACCGACCAGCUCAUACUACUGGAGGAUGCCUGGCGGGAACUCUUCGUCCUGGGCAUCGCGCAGUGGGCCAUCCCCGUGGACUCCACCACACUCCUGGCUGUUUCAGGAAUGAACACAGAAAACACAGAGUCUCAGCGGAUGAACAAGAUCAUGUCUGAGAUCCAGGCGCUUCAGGAGGUGGUGACCCGAUUCAGACAGAUGCGCCUGGACGCCACAGAGUUCGCCUGCUUGAAGUGUAUCGUCACAUUUAAAGCCGUUCCAGCUCACGGCGGCACUGAGCUCAGAAGUUUCCGAAACGCCAGUGCCAUCGCAGCACUACAGGACGAGGCACAGCUAACGCUAAACAGCUACAUACACACCAGGUACCCUACUCAGCCGUGUCGUUUCGGGAAGCUCCUCCUCCUGCUGCCAGCGCUGCGCUCCGUGAGUCCGUCCACCAUCGAAGAGGUUUUCUUCAAGAAGACUAUCGGCAACGUCCCAAUCACACGGCUACUUUCUGACAUGUACAAGUCCAGCGAUAUAUGAAUCACCUCCAGCGGCUCACCAGGAAGAAGAAGACUCACAGACACUCUCGAGCGACUAUUUAAGAGAAUAGCGCGUCUAGCUCAAGAGAAAGACUGCGACAGCUGCAACCCACUGUGUAGCCUGAUAACAGUCAGUCUAGGUAGGAUGUAACCGUCAUGCUAGAUUCACCUGUAUAGGAAACCCGCCGUCGAUCCUGGAGAGAACCUAUUUGAUACAAACUUGAGACCAAUGAGCUUGAUGACCAAUUCAAUCAUGCAUUGCUGUGUUCAAUCCCCAAAUGAAGGAAACCAAAAACGACGCAUGUGUUCAAAACAAAAAAACAAAAAAAGGGCAUGCUAGUCGCCGUCCUUCGACCGGGUGCUGCAACCAAACGCAAAGAGGAACAGGCAGCCCGCGACCCUUACUAGCAAUGAGGUCUAUGGUGUCUUUACGUGGUUGCUGUCCCGUCUGUGUGCCUGCGCUGGGUUCUGAAGCGCAACGUUAAAAAUGUCUAUAAAGGUGGACUCUGUGAAGUUAACACUAACACUGAUAUUGAUCAAAUAUUGUUCAGCACUUGGAAGCGUUUUGACUGUUUUUAUCUUUGUUGUGAAUAUCAGCAGUUAUAACUAUUUAAAGGUUGUAACUAAAAGAAUAAAGUCAGCAAUUUAAUAUAGCUGAGAUA